AUGUGGAGAUGGAUCAUCGGCAUUGGUGUGAUCCCUGGGGUAAUCGCUUUGUGUUUCCGUUUUACAAUCCCUGAAACCCCUCUCAAAGCCGAGUUUGACGUAAUGACAUUAUUCAACGAACCUAUCCCUCUCUCAACCGCCGAGAGUGACACACUCGACCCGGCUCACCGCAGACCAUCGGACGAUGAACACUUCUUGAUGACCCAAAGUGACUAUAUCACCAUUCAACCUGCAACCCUGAAUUCACACUAUCAUCUAGUUAGUGCAGAUAUUAUCCAGUACUUCUGGACAGAAGGAAAUUGGCGCACCCUAGCCGGCACAUCCCUCUCUUGGCUCCUUGUCGACUUUGGCUUUUACGGUAUCAGGCUUUCAAGUCCGCAUUUUAUCGCCAAAACAUGGGGAACUUUAAAUAUCCGUGGACAAGUACCGCAAUGGAUGACAAACGACACUCCUGGAGCUAGCGUGUAUAAUAUGCUUUUUCGAAACCUCGGCCCACGCAAGUACGGAUUUCUUGCUCUGGCUGCUCUCUUCAUUGCGCUGGGAACUAUGUUCAUCACCGUACGAAUGGAAGGUCCGGUCGCGGUGGUGUUUUACAUCAUUGGCCAACUACUGUUCAAUUUUGGACCCAAUGGAACAACAUAUAUAAUCCCUGCUGAAGUUUUCCCUACUCGCUAUCGUGCAACGUGCUACGGCAUUAGCGCUGCUAGUGGCAAGUUUGGCUCUAUUCUCGCCGAAAUAUUCUCUGCUUAUUCUGGACUUGGCACUGGUCCCAGUGACGCCCAAACCAGGCGCCAUGGCUAG